AUGACUAAUCUGUUGGCUGCUGUUAUUAUAGCUCUUACAUUUGGCGAGUUCGGCAAUAGCACACCUGAAUUUCCAAAUUUUAUACCUCAACUUUCUCAGGGCUCAUAUUGCUCGACAACAAAAGGGGAAAUUCUAGAUAAGGAAAAAAAGGACAUUGAGAAAGGAAAUGGGAGCACAGAGAAGUUAAAAGCAGGAACCGCAAUCUUCCUUAUAGAACUUGAAAAGAGAAGAUCAAUCAAGGUUUUUGGAAAGAGCACCAUGAUUGGACUGGCUGCCACUUUCUUCGCUGGUGUUUGCUUCUCCCUCUUCUCGCCUGCAUUCAACUUGGCGACAAAUGAUCAAUGGAACACCUUGCAGAAAGGGGUUCCAAAGUUGAUAGUAUACACUGCAUUUUUCUACUUCUCAGUCUCUUGUUUUGUGAUUGCCCUGGUUUUAAACAUCGGCUUUCUUUACCGGCCUGUACUGGACUCACCGAGAUCAUCAUUGAAGGCUUACCUGAAUGACUGGAAUGGCAGAGGUUGGGCCUUUUUGGCUGGUCUCCUCUGUGGUUUUGGAAAUGGCCUGCAGUUUAUGGGAGGCCAAGCCGCAGGGUACGCAGCGGCUGAUGCUGUUCAGGCACUGCCCCUUGUGAGCACUUUUUGGGGCAUUAUGUUGUUUGGGGAAUACAGGAGAUCCUCAAGAAGAACAUAUGUGUUGCUUGCGGGCAUGCUGUCAAUGUUUAUUGCAGCUGUUGGGGUUCUCAUGGCAUCAUCAGGACACAGAAAGUGACCUUUUGUAUACAAUCUUUUUCUUUAUAAAACUAGCUGGGCCAAGUUGUUCUGCAUAACAUUGGCUGUUGUUUCCACAUAAAGGUUUGUAUUUAAGAAAUUGAAAAUGUAGUAGCCCUUCAUGAAAUUGUAAGUAUAGAAUUUAACUAGCUUUUCUUAGGAAAAAAAAAAGAAGGAAAGAGCAAUAACAAGAAAAAAAGAAAGAGAUAAGCAAAGAGAAAUUGAUGGGAUUAGAGGGAUUUGCAAGCUUGGAACUGCUAGUGAAUUUUAAAUGUCAUAAUUUAGUAGUUCGUGCUUACACAUCUUUCAGAUUUGUCUCGUUGCAGUGUUUUGUUCCUAGUGCAAAGAUAACUAUUUGUUUGUUAUUA